CUUACGGAAACGGGAUUGGAACAAGGAAUUUCACAAGAUUCUUACUAGAAACGAGAUUUUAAGAAGGAAUUUCACAAGAUUUCUAUUGUAUAGGGAGAUUUCAAAUUGGAUUUUCUCAAGAUUUCUACUGCGACUGUUGAUUCAUCUUCUGCUUCUGUCACUUUGGCCGUUCCUCAAACCAGAAUAUUAAGAAAUUGAAUGGACUUUACACACCUAGCAUUUUACAAUCGAGAGGUAACCUUGGAGGAUGUUCCGAGGAAACCACAAAGAUUGCCAGAGAGAAGCCUAUAUAAGUUUGCUUUCGGAGGUGAGACCCGUCUUGAACAAGCCCUCGCAUUGAUUGAUAUGCUUGCACUGGAAGAUCUUGUUGAAGUCAUGAGAUUCGUUAGGAUGAGGAGAAACAUUCUUUCAGCUGAGAGGGAUCGCCACCAAGAGUUGGAAGGUAUGUUUGACAAAAUGGCUGAAUAUAUAGCCAUGGACGAUGUAGAAGUUGUUGCUCCUAAUGUUGGUGUUGCAGCUGCUCCUGAUGUUGGUGCUGCUGGUGGUCCUGCUGCUCCUGAUGUUGUUGCUGCUGGAAAUGCUCCUGGUGCUCCUUAAGUUUUUAAGUUUAAAUUUUAAAUAUUAAAACUUCAGGUUUAUAAGACUUGUGGUUGAUGUUUUAGGAUGGUUGAUGUUUGUAUUUUGGAUGAUCUUUGUGUGGUUGAUGUUUGUAUUUUGGUUGAUCUUUGUGUUGAACUUAAUGCACUUCAUGUUCAAAUUGA